AUGGUGGGGAAAGUCAGCGAGCGCGUCCUCCUCCGGGAAGGACUGGAGCGCACCGACAAUGGCAUGAAGCUUACGAGCUGGCCCGAUGUGGCCCCUAUUAACCAAAAAAAUUACUACACCGAUUACAUGAAGCGCGAUGACCAGAUCCUAUCGCUUCGGCUUCAAGGCGAGGCGAACAGGGACAGACUUGUACAAAGCGCCAAGGACCGUGAUCGCGCCCUCAACAAUACCAACGGCGAGGUACCCCUCCCCCUCGACGACCUCCAGGGUGACGACGGGCCCGGCGCUACCUUCCUCGAUCCUUCCAAGAUAAUCGUAAUACACCCCGGCAGCCAGAACUUGCGCAUUGGCUUCGCCAGCGAUGCGCUUCCCAAAACAAUCCCCAUGGUGCUGGCCACCAAGUACCCCCAGACCGAGUCGGAAAUGUAUGAGGCCCUCCCGCGGCGGCAAUUCGAGGCGCGCACCGUUGAACAGCAAUACGGCGAGGAGUGGUCCAAAAAGUACCAAAAAAUGGCCAACGAGCUCAAGACCGACAUGCGCGCAAACAAGCGCAAGGUUCUCCCAAACUCCAAGGAGCUGGUCAUGAACUUCAAUCGUCGAACCGAGCCCGAGGCCAUCUCUCAACACAACGACCCCUUGCAGGUUGACUGGACCGACGUUAAGACGCUCGAGGAUGCGGAUUCCAUCUCGUCAGUGUUCAUCGGCCAGAAUGCCCUGCGCGUUGCCGAUGACUCCAACCCAAAGUUCAAGCUUUGGUGGCCGCUCCAACACGGCUGGCUCAACGAAGACGACUACCCGACCAAGGCGCAUCUGUUCAACGACCUCGAGACGGUCCUCGACCGGGCCUUCCGGUGGGAGCUGGGCCUGACUAGGAGCACCGAAUGGAGACAGUACAGCUGCGUCUUCGUCAUCCCAGACCUGUACGAUAAAAAGUACGUCGAGGAGGUUUUGCAUCUUUGCGUCGAGUGGUUCGAGUUCGGCAAGAUCUCGUUUAUCCAAGAGAGCUUGGCGGCCACGUUUGGAGCCGGCUACACGCAAGCCUGCGUUGUUGACGUGGGCGCACAAAAGACAUCCAUUACGUGCGUAGAAGACGGCCUCUGCCUCGAGGACUCGCGGGUCAACCUUAAAUUCGGCGGCUAUGAUGUCACCGAGACGUUCAUGAAGAUGAUGCUUUACGACCAUUUCCCCUACCAGGAGAUCAACCUCCGCCGGAGAUACGACUUUCUGCUGGCCGAGGAGCUCAAGAUCAAGUACUGCACCCUGUCACAGGCCAACAUAUCGGUGCAGAACUUCGACUUCCAUCUGCGUGCACCCAACCAGCCGACCCACAAAUACCAGUUCAAGUGCUAUGACGAAGUGAUUUUGGCGCCCAUGGGCUUUUACGACCCGAGCAUCUUCGACAACAGCACCAAGCUGCGCGGGCGGCGGAAGUUGGUUGACCGAUCCUACAAUGCCUACGAUGUCGAGAUCCCCGACGACCCUACCUCUUCGGCGCAGCUUGCCGUGCUGGCGCUCAUCCAGCCGUCAGUGGCGGCGACGGCAGUCAGCUUUACAGGCGCGCCACCAGACAUGGCCACUCCGAGCAAGGAGCGAACGCAGCCCUUCAACUUCCUCUCGCGCGCCGACGCGGUCGCUACACCGGGCACGUCCAACGCGCCGUCGCCGGCGCCCGAGGGUGCCAACACUCCGGUGCCGGCGCCGUAUAUUUUCGGCUCGCGCGACAAUCUGAACGGCGGGAGUCCGGCACCCAGCGGCCGGAACGGCGGGACACCGGCCCCGGGAGGCAGCGGCUCGCUGCUGAACGGCCUCGCGCUGCCGGGGGCGGGUAUCGUCGAGGGAUUUCAGCGCAGUCCCAAGGCGCUGGCGGCGGAGCGCGACGCUGUGCUGCCGGUGGCCUCCCUCGACAUUGCCAUCAUGACGAGCAUCCAGAACGCGGCCAAGGGCGACGAGAAGAAGGUGCGCGAGCUGCUGGGCAGCAUCAUGGUGAUUGGCGGUGGCGCAAAGAUCCCGCAGUUUGGGCCAUUCCUCGAGGAGAAGCUUAAGGCACGCCGCCCCGACCUCGCCGACCGGAUCCUCGUCAGCAGAAGUGCAAGAGAGAUGGACGAGCAGGUUGUCGUCUGGAAAGGCGCCAGCGUCUUCGCCAAGCUGUCGACUAACGACUCGUGGAUCACAAAGUACGAGUACAAGAUGCUCGGCUCCAGGGCCAUUUACCACAAGGCCCUGUGGCAGUACUGA